AUGAAUAAUGUUACACAGCUAGAGCAAAAUAACAUCAAAUCGAUAAUUGGAGCUUCCUAUAAUAGACUUUACGGACAAUUCACAUCUCCUGACUUGAAAGAAGUAGGUAAUUAUAAGAUAUUGGAUCAAAUUGGUGAGGGAUCCUUCGGGAAAGUGUAUCUGGCUUCUCAUAGAUUAACCCAUUGUAAAGUUGUGUUAAAGACAAGUAAUAAAAGCGACCCCAAUAUUGUAAGAGAGGUGUUUUAUCAUAGACAGUUCGACUACCCGUAUAUCACACAAUUAUAUGAGGUAAUUGUCACAGAAUCUAAAGUAUGGAUGGCUCAAGAAUAUUGUCCGGGGAAAGAUCUAUACGACCAUGUCUUAUCCUUACAGAGAGUUCCUUCUAGUGCAUGCAUAGAAUUAUUUACUCAGAUAGUUGGUGCAGUAUACUAUGCACACUCUUUGAAUUGUGUCCAUAGAGAUUUAAAAUUAGAAAAUAUCUUAUUAGAUAAGAAUGGUAAUGCUAAACUUACUGAUUUUGGAUUCACAAGAGAAUGUAUGACAAAGACUUCAUUAGAAACGAUAUGUGGGACAACUGUCUAUAUGGCACCUGAAUUGAUUAAAAGAGAAAGCUACGAUGGUUUUAAGAUAGAUAUCUGGUCCUUAGGUGUGAUACUUUAUACAAUGCUAAAUGGUUCCAUGCCAUUCGAUGAAGAUGACGAAACUAAAACAGAAUGGAAGAUCAUGAAUGAAAUGCCUGUAUUCAAUGACACUAUCCUUUCGGAAGACGCAAAAGAUCUACUCAUCAAAUUACUUUCGAAAGACCCUAAUGAGAGACCUUCAAUGCAGGAGAUUUUACACCAUCCAUUCCUACAACCAUAUGGUAGUCUACUCUUGGAGAAAACUGAUAGAUUGUUAAGGAAACAACGCAAUGGUACGAUUCAUUUCCAUUCAAAGCUGGAGAGGAAACUACUUAAGAAUUUAAAAAGAACUGGGUUUGAUACGCAGGCAAUGAAAGUUUCUGUUCAGAAAAGAAAGUCCGAUUUGCUGUCAGCCACAUGGACUUUAUUGUUGCAACGAGAGAAGAGACACGAAAAGGUCAACCAACCCAAAAGGAGCCGAUCGUUACUGUCUGUCAGAAAGGUAUUUGAAUCCAGUUCCCCUAAUAUUGGUCAAGAUCUUCUAAAGGAAACUGAUGAUUUAAGGGAAUUGAAACUAGUGAAGUCGAUAAGUAGAAGGAUCAGCAAACGAAUAGAUCCAAGUUUACCUAGCGGGAAGAAGUCAUUUACAUCUCUCGAUGAUCAAGAACAGAAAGAGAAUACAGCUUCCAAACCGUUGUCAAGAAUUGAUUCAUCUGUGAGCAAAGAAACUACGCCUGGAAAAAACAACAUCUUCAAAAAGAUGUCAAAGUUUUUCAAACAAAAAAAAUAUUUGAACAAUUCCACUCCUGAUUCGAAUACAUUAACUUCAAACUAUGGUGAUACUCGUAGCCCGUCCACCUCUAUCUCGAAUUCUUAUCGUAGGAAAAAUAGCGAAUCACCCGUUAAGGACAUUACUUCUGUAAAAACAAGUGAAACAACGAUAAAGAAAAACUCACCAAUAAACUCGAAGACUUCCCCAUCGAAGUCUCUCAAAAAUGCCAAGGCACAAACUGAUGAUUCAGCACGUCACAAAAUGCAAGGUACGAAACUGAAAGAAUCGAUAACAAUCGCAGAGCCAAAUUUGAAAAAAUUAAAAUCGAUAGUGUCAAGCGAUUUUUCUCGUAGUUCACUUGCAAAUUAUGAUAGUGAGUCGGUCGACAAUUCCUACUUUCUUCCUAAUGAAGAUAAAAGAGCAGGCCGUUCAGGCUCAGGCAGAGCAAGACCUCUAUCAUUUGUUUCACAGAUAUCGAACGACACUUAUAAUUCAGAAUACUCUACUGACGGGAAUACCUCAUCGAUUAAAUUUGAAGAUCCAAUGAAAGGUACUAAUGAUACUUCAGGAACCUUACAACAAUCUCCCAAACUAGGAGACAACAUAAUCACAGGUUAUCAUAGAAAAUUUAUACGGAGAGAUUUGAGUGUGAUUUCUGGUGCAUCGAGUACAUCCGAAAGAAGUUCUAGAACCGAUUCUUUUUAUGAUAUUACAACUACGACGCUACCAAUCACUAAGAAUGUUAGGAUGAUUAAAAGUGGUUCCUUAAAAGAAUCUGUUCUUCCGAGAUUUGGUAGCCAGCGUUCAUGGACAGGUAAAAGAAGCUAUAUUGGUAGCAGACACGGCGGAACUUUAGGAAGAAGGAAUUCGAAACGGUAUUUUUUGGCUAGUCCACCCAAUGAAACGGAUAAUGUUAUUCAGGAGGAGUCUUCCUCCGAAGAGAGCGUACCUAUCAGUCGUAAUAAUGGCUUGUCGUUGACAAAUAGACUAAACAGCAACCCUCAACAGAUUCGAGACAAUACGCUUGAUUCAGACGAUGAGAAUAUAGGACCCCAUUCAGAUAGUGAAGCAGUGAACUCAAACAUACGGUCAGCAAUGGGCCGUAGUAACAUAUUUUCCGCUGGUACCGAACGGUCAACAAGUGGUGAAAUCAUUUGGUCUCCCCACAAUGAUGAUUCGAAAUCAGUCAUUUCUGAAGGUACUGAUCAUUGUGAGGUAGAUAACGCUGAUAAUGAAGACAAUAUACUUUCUGACAAUUAG